AGCGGAUUUGUUUAUGUUGUUUGUCAAUGGGCUAUCUGGGCAGCUGGUGGAGUUGCUGUUCCUUUAUGUACAAGUCAUCCUUUACCAGAACAGGUAUACAGCUUGACGGACUCUCAAUCCACACUUUUACUUGUCCAUCCGGUCUUUCAGGAACGUCAAAUUAGUUUGGUAGCUGAAACAAAGAUUACCACCAUAAUGAUCUCUGAUCAAGAUAUAGAUUCUACAUGUGAUCAGACUUUACCUACUCUAUUCGACAUGGAUAAUCAACGCAGAGCACUGAUUGUAUUUACAAGUGGUACAACAGGAAAACCAAAAGGAGCGGUUUCAACACAUGACAAUAUAGAUGCACAAACAUCGGUCUUGGUCUCUGAAUGGAAAUGGACACAACAAGAUCGAAUUCAUCAUAUUCUCCCCCUUCAUCAUGUUCAUGGUAUCAUUAAUGCCUUGACCUGUCCUCUUUAUGCUGGUGCUACGGUGGAAAUGCAUGAAAAAUUUGAUGCUGGAAAGACGUGGCAACGUUGGCUGAAUACUUAUGCUCUUGAUAUGGCUCCUUUGACUGUCUUUAUGACCGUCCCAACCGUUUAUUCAAAAUUGAUAGCUACUUACAAGGCACUGGGUGAUGCAAAGAGACAGGCAUCUUAUGGAAAGGCAUGCAAACAGUUUCGAUUUAUGGUAUCUGGGUCUGCUAGUUUACCUACUCCUUUACGUGAUGCAUGGUUUCAAAUUAGUGAUCAAGUGUUAUUAGAACGAUAUGGAAUGACCGAACUUGGUAUGGCAUUCAGUCAAGCCUAUGAUGAUCGAAUGGAAGGUACGGUUGGAUUCCCAUUACCAGGUGUACAAGUACGAUUAAUGGCUGAAACUCAAGAAGGCAGUGGUAUAUACAAUAAGAAUGUGACUGAUUGUCGUGACAUUCCUGGACAAGUACAAGUCAAAGGAAGAAAUGUAUUUAAGGAAUAUUGGCAACGACCUGAAGCAACAGCAAAAGAAUUUACAGAUGGAUGGUUUAUCACUGGUGAUUUUGCAAUGCGUGUACAAGAAAAAGGAUAUUAUCAAAUCUUAGGAAGGGGUAGUAUUGAUAUUUUGAAAACAGGUGGCGAAAAAGUGAGUGCUUUGGAAAUCGAACGUGAAUUACUAUCGUGUUCCUUGGGGAUUUUAGAUGUGGCUGUUAUUGGAGUACCUGAUCCUGAAUGGGGACAACGUGUGGCUGCUGUAGUGGUGAUGGAAGCAAAAAACAAGGUAUUUAAAUAA